CCAGUCAGAACACAACACCGCAGCACACGUCAGCACGCGCGGAGGUCGCACCGGAAGUGCGAAAUGAAUGAUUAGCUUGAGGUGCUAUUUUGUUUAGCUCUGAUACGAUAAUCCGCUUUCUACAAACCCCAAACACCAUAUGAUCUUUCCUCGACAUCCUUCUGCCCUGCUCCUGAUGAUGAGCUACACAUACCUGCUUCUCCUGAGCCUGGCUGUGGCCUCAGCUAUGGCCGUGGAGGUCCAGAGACCUCGGGGAGUUCCCCUAACCAAACGGCAAUUCUAUGAUGAGAACAGCCCUUUUACUUGUCUAGACGGCUCCCGUACCAUUUCUUUUGACCGAGUGAAUGACGAUUACUGCGACUGCAAGGAUGGCUCUGAUGAACCAGGCACCGCUGCUUGUCCGAAUGGGAGCUUCCACUGCACGAACGCCGGCUAUCGCCCCACCUUCAUCCCGUCCUCGCGCAUUAACGACGGCAUUUGUGACUGCUGUGACACCACCGAUGAGUACAACAGCGGGGCCAAAUGUGAAAACACAUGCAAGGAGCUAGGCCGAAAGGAGAGAGAGGUUCUGCAGAAGAUGGCCGAGAUUACCAAGGAAGGUUUCCUCCUCAAACAGCAGCUUAUCCAGGAAGCUAAGAAAACCCAACAAGAAAAACAGAAAAAGCUGGCUGACCUGCAGGACAGUAAGAAGGAGCUGGAGGACAAGGUGGAGGAUAUGAGGACCAUUAAAGAGACAGCAGAGCAGCCAGAGAAGGAAGCCAAAGAGCGCCAUCUUAAGGCCUGGGAAGAACAAAAAGCUGCGAUCAGUAAAGAGAAGGACAAAGCUAAAAUGGCAGAAGCUUUUCUAGAGCUGGAUGAUGAUGCGGAUGGCUUUGUUUCAGUUGCCGAGCUGCAGACGCACACAGAGCUCGAUUCAGAUUCAGAUGGCACUUUUACUGAGACAGAGGCCCAGGGGUUGCUAGGAGGAGUUGACCAGGUGGACACAGGAACUUUUGAAAAUUUGUGGAGCAACAUUAAGGACAAGUACAUUUCAGAGUCUCAACCUAAGGAGCCAGCACCAGUGGAGACGCCCACAGAAGUGAGCAAAGAACCCAUCGUUGACAACGAACCUGAGCCAUACCCCGAUGAUGACGAGGUUCCAGAUGAUGAUGACGAGGACACCGAUGAGGAUGAUGAUUAUCCAGAAGAAGAUAUCGAUAAGGCUCCUUCCAGCGUCAAGACUCCAGAGAAGACAGAGGAAGAAGACACCAUGCCGCCUUAUGAUGUAGAGACUCAAGCGUUGAUUGACGUCGCUCAGAGAGCCAGAGAUGGCUUCGAAGAAUCGGAGCGAGCGAUGCGUGAAGUGGAAGAUCAGAUCAAGAACAUUGAGAAGGAGCUCUCCUUUGAUUUUGGGCCCAGCUCUGAGUUCGCUUAUCUUUACAGCCAGUGCUACGAGCUCAGCACUAGCGAAUAUAUCUACAGACUCUGUCCAUUUAACCGCGUUUCCCAGAAGCCUAAAUACGGAGGCUCAGAGACUAAUCUCGGGACAUGGGGAACCUGGGCAGGGCCUGAGGACAAUAAGUACCUUGUGAUGAAGUAUGAGCAUGGCACAGGGUGCUGGCAGGGACCAAACAGGUCCACCACAGUAAAGAUGACCUGUGGGAAAGAGACUACAGUCACAACCACCUCGGAACCGAGCCGCUGUGAGUACCUGAUGGAGUUCAUCACGCCCGCCGUGUGCCAGGAGCCGGCCGUCGCUGACCAUGGUCAUGAUGAGUUCUAAUCCCCUGCGUCUUCAGCAUGCUCCAGGUCAGAGUGUGGGGAGCGUGUGUGCGUGUGUUCCAGCAUCAGCCCCUCAGCCCUGUCCGCCUCAUCUCUCCUCAAAUCAACAUUUUGGUGAAAAUUAGUUGAAGAUAAUGUGCUGUGUAGUUGUCUCUGUUUUGUUUCUCUGUUUGUUUUUUAUUGAAAGUGAUUUCUGUUCACAUUCAAAUAAAGUCACAUUUUAAGUUCA